AAAUAUGUCUUGUGUUUUAGUGAUAUUAAAAUCAUUAUGCUUUAUCCGAUAACCAUCAUCAUAAUCCAUUUGUCGACAGUUUCUUCGUCAAGCAAAAUAAUUGAAUCAAUAUAUCGCGGCUCAGCUACUACUUCUUCAUCAUCUACUACGUUUCAAAAUAUUUCAUAUGAUUUUGUUCAAUCUAAAGACACGAAGAAAAUUAAUCCUCUAUCAAUAGUCAUUUACAUAAUCAUUAUUCUAUAUAUGGUCCUAUACUUUCUCUUUAUAAGUGAUCGUAUUAUACACAUUCUUAUACGACUUUGUUUAAGAAAAAAUCGCGAUCCUAUUCUACCAUCGUCAUUAGAUCAAUUAGUUAAAGAUGAUUAUCCUCUAGUGGCAGUACAAGUAUUAAUGUGUAACGAAAUCUGUUUCGUUGAAUCAAUUAUUGACUGUGCAUGUCAGCUUGAUUGGCCACAAACAUCAUUAUUUGUUCAAGUAUUAGAUGAUUCUCGUGAUAAGCAAACAAUGGAAAUUAUCAAUAAUCGAGUUGAAGAAUGGAACUGUCGGGGAAUACAAAUAGAUAUUCAACGACGAAAAAAUCAUCAUGGAUUUAAAGCUGGAUCAUUACAACAUGCAUUUCCAUUAUGUCGAAAUGCAGAAUAUAUAGCGAUCUUCGAUGUUGAUUUUUUGCCAAAAUCCGAUUUUCUUCAUAAAACAGUUCCAUAUUUGAUUAAUAAUCCAAAUUUAGCUUUUGUUCAAACUCGCUGGACGUUUUUUAAUGCAAAAGAAUCAUUUUUAACCCGAAUGCAAGAAAUAGCACUCAAUUUUCAUCAUAAAUGUGAACAAGUCGUUCGAUGUUGGUUAUCUUUAUUUUUUACUUUCAAUGGUACAGGUGCUGUAUGGCGUACAUCGGCUAUUAAAAGGUGCGGUGGAUGGCAAACAGAUACAUUAGUCGAAGAUCUUGAUAUAUCAUUCAGAGCACAUUAUCAAGGAUGGACAUCGAUCUAUCUCGAGCAUGUUGAAUGUCAAAAUGAAUUACCACCAACAUGGUCAGCAUAUUUGUCACAACAAUAUCGUUGGACGUGCGGUCCGGUCCAAGUCAUACGUAAAUCAAUAAGACCUCUUUGGAGAUCAAAACAUAUUGGUUGGCAUAAAAAAGUGUUUUGCUAUUGGUAUCUAUU